CCCUCGUUCUUUUCCGUAGUCGCUGUCAUAAACAUGGCUUCACACACUAGCAAGGCAUUUCUGUCCCUAGGUCGAAUUAAUGUUCACGGUCUUGGACUUCAGAAACCACUGAGCAGGGUCACGUACGCGACAGCUUUGACUAUAAAUUCUAGUAACACGAAUAAAGGCCUUCCUGACAGAGGUGGUAGAGGAUUCAUUCCCAGAAAACCCAGGAGAGAUGCAGGGGAGCCCAGGACGGAAAAGAUGGCGGUGGAUCAGGACUGGACUGCAGUUUACCCAGCUGCAGCCCCCUUUAGACCAGGCUCCGUCCCCCUGCCUGUGAGGAUGGGAUACCCCAUGAAGAGAAGCAUUCCUCCAGAGAAGAAAGGCAACUUGGAGCUAAUCAAGAUACCUAAUUUCCUGCAUUUGACACCAGCGGCCAUCAAGAAACACUGUGAAGCUCUAAAACCAUUCUGUACAGAGUGGCCCUCUGCCUUGGACACCGAUGACAAAUGUGACGAGCACUUCCCCAUCAAAUUACAAAGUACCGACUAUGUCUUUGCCGGCCCAUCUGUCAGAAAUCCUUCAGCUCGUGUUGUCACACUCAGAGUAAAGGUGUCCAGUUUGAAUAUGGACGAUCACGCACGCAAGAAAAUGCUCAAACUUGUUGGGGAGAGAUACUGCAAAGAUACCGAUACCCUCACCAUCACAGCUGAACGUUGCCCUUUGAGACAGCAGAAUACGGACUAUGCCAUGUACCUGCUAACUGUCCUUUACCACGAGUCUUGGAAAACAGAAGCAUGGGAGGCUGAGAAGACUGUGGCAGACAUGGAAGAGUACAGCUGGGAGGACAGCCCGUCCCAAAGGAAUAUCUUGGACAUGCUCGUACGCAUGAAAGUGGCAGGGGAAGGAGAGGUCGAUGAAGUGCGAGAGCAGCUGUUGGGAAGAAAAGAGGUGCAGGAGUAUAAGGACUCUGUCAUAAGGCUGAAGAAUGAAGGAGAGAACGAGAGCCACAUGCUCCAGUACAAGGAGGCCGUCAAGAAAUUGCUCAGCCUGUAGUGCAGCUCAGUGUACAAAUGUAUUUACAUGAAGAUGGUGACCAGAACAUUUUAAAUACCUGUGGGCUCAUGCUAUUACUGUUCCAAUGUACAUCUAGAGAUUACAACCUCAAGGGUCACAACUUAUGUAUUUAUUUUUUCCAAAAUAAAUUUACCAUCAUCCCAAGUGUA